UGGAAAAAUCGUAUAUGAUUGGCUACCGUGUCGCUUUUUGUCGCGAGGCAAGCGUUUCCGCGUUCUGUGUGCAGUGUGCAGAAGCCAUUACCUCGUCCUAUGUCGGGAACUAUACAUAUACAUAUACACAUAUGUGAUUUUGACAAUUAGCAGACAGUUACUAUUGCUGCGUAAUUCAUCGAUACAUGCAAAGAAAUUUGGUAAAUCUUUUACAUUUCAGACAAAUAUGAGACAUGGCAAAAAUCAGAACGAAACAACUUAUCACUAAUCCGGCGAUAGUCUCACAAGAUCAAGGUGAUUUCGCAAAAACUUGAUCCAAGUUAUUACUAAAGCACAAGUGCAUAAAUUGGUUCAUUGUUUUCUGUUGAUGAUGCUAGUGUGAUAGUUAUUCGCAAUACAGAUAUUUUUACUUAUCUCGAAUGUAAUUGAUGCUACAUUAUGCUGAAAUGGAAUUGGCUAAGGAAGUAAUCGAUGGCCUAGCAAACAUUCAAAAUAGCAACAUUUUAUCCGAAGAAACAUUUCUACAAUUAUUAGAUGUUAUAAUAUCUUACAUCUGUAAGAAUAUUAGCGAUGGAAAAAGCAUCGCUAGUAUAUAUCCAUCCAAAUCAGAUCUGGUGAAGGCUGCUGUUGCCAGUAUAUCUUGCCUUUUUAUAGAGGCUGCUAGACACGAUUAUGAUGAAGAAAGCUUAAAAAUCUUUCUACAUAACGAACAUAUUAAUGGACAAAGAAUUGAAAAGUUGUGUAGUACUUAUAUAAACAAUAAACAAGAUAUUCAAACGCAGUUGGAGUUGACAGGAGACAGCAUACCACAUAUAGUGGAUGUGGAUUGGCGUUUACAUCAUUGCGUUAAGAUUAGCACUUGUUGUUCUACUGACAUGCCAACUUAUAAUAUUCGAAUGAGUACAAGAAAGUAUAAUGAAAUGAAAUAUGUAACAUUUACAUGCACCGUACAACAGCUACAAGAGUUAGUGUACAAGUUGAAGGAUGCUGUAAGGCACAUUGAAAAAAUCUCUGGUAUAUAAACGUCUGUUGAUUUACAAUUUGGAAAUACAUUCUCCCAUUGCUCAGAUAGAGCAAUGUGUACAUACGUGAAGGAUGUUUCAUAUUGAAUAAUAAACAGUUCUUAUGUAGGGGUGCAGUCAAUUAUA